GGAGGCGGGGCUGCGCGGCCGCACUUCCGCAUGUGUGUAGGCGCGGGAUAGGGCGGGCGGCUUCGCCGGCAUGGAGGAUGGCUCCGCUCCUGCUGCACCUGGCGGUGAUCGGCGCGGCGCUGGCGGCUGUAGCCCUGAUUCUGAUUUCCUUUGUUGCAUUUAUAACUGCUACAGAGAUGCCACACCUGCAUCGACAUGAAGAUGAGAAGUUCUUCUUAAAUGCCAGAGUCCAGAGGGAAGCCUUACCCAGCAUACAGGACUCGCCUACCAAGCAGCUUUCUGUGGUCGUGCCUUCAUACAAUGAAGAAAAACGGUUGCCUGUAAUGAUGGAUGAAGCUCUGGGCUAUCUAGAGGAGAGACAGAAACAAGAUCCUACAUUCACUUAUGAAGUAAUAGUAGUUGAUGAUGGCAGCAAAGACGAGACUUCAAAGGUAGCUUUUAAAUAUUGCCAGAAAUAUGGAAGUGACAAAGUUCGAGUGAUAACGCUGGUGAAGAAUCGUGGGAAAGGCGGAGCUAUUAGGAUGGGUGUAUUCAGUUCUCGAGGAGAAAAGAUCCUCAUGGCAGAUGCCGAUGGAGCCACAAAGUUUCCAGAUAUUGAGAAAUUAGAAAAAGGAUUGAAUGACCUACAGCCUUGGCCUGAUCAAAUGGCUAUUGCAUGUGGAUCUCGAGCUCAUUUGGAAAAACAAUCAAUUGCUCAGCGUUCUUACUUCCGUACUCUUCUCAUGUAUGGGUUCCACUUUCUGGUGUGGUUCCUUUGUGUCAAAGGAAUCAGGGAUACACAGUGUGGGUUCAAAUUAUUAACUCGAGAAGCAGCGUCACGGACGUUUUCAUCUCUCCACAUUGAACGAUGGGCAUUUGAUGUAGAACUACUUUACAUAGCACAGUUCUUUAAGAUCCCAAUAGCAGAAAUUGCUGUCAACUGGACUGAAAUUGAAGGUUCUAAAUUAGUUCCAUUUUGGAGCUGGCUACAGAUGGGCAAGGACCUACUUCUUAUACGACUUCGAUAUUUGACUGGUGCCUGGAGGCUUGAACAAACCAGGAAAGUGAAUUAGGUUAUUUGCCAUCUUUGGUUGUAUUCUUAUCCAUCAGUGUCACAUUAUUUCACUUGAAAUUAAAAUUUUAAAUAAAGCUGGAAUAAAACUG